CCUAUGGACUUUCCCUUUAAGCCCCCAAGAGCGAGCAUUCCUUCUUCACUCCAAUCAGCAACACCAGAAGGAAGAGAGAGAGAUAGGGCUGUUUACAUUUUGAAGCGCAUCCUUCAGUUACAGUCGCUGCCAAAUAUUAGUUAUUGGUUGUUUUGUUUGCGUCAUAUAAUUUAAAAUAUUUUGGGCUGUGUUUUUUUUUCUUUUGCUACGCGCGUCAGCCGAAAUGAUUUGGACGCGGGGGUGAACUUCAGCGUCUUCCUCGCAACGAGCUCCACUUCCACCAACCUGCAAGUGAACCAGAAGGAACACAUUUACAUCCUCGGUUUUGACUUGGUUCUUUCUUUUUUUCCCUCCGUUACCACAUGCUGUUAGCACCGAUUGUUACCAGAGCCAUGUCCAGGAAGAAGACGUUAAAGGGCAAAGCCACCUCCAGGAGUCCCAAAGGGUCGCCAGGUAUGGGCAGGACGGGAAAAGGUCUGGCUGCAGGUGCCUCGCCGACCUCCGGACUGGUUUACCCCAGUAGACCGUCCAUAAGCAGCAGUGGCGAGUUCUACGACAUUGCCUUCAAGGUGAUGCUCGUGGGAGAUUCAGGUGUUGGAAAGACCUGUUUGCUGGUACGUUUCAAAGAUGGAGCCUUUCUAGCUGGUAGCUUCAUCUCCACUGUGGGCAUUGACUUCAGGAAUAAGGUGAUGAGCAUUGAUGCCGUCAAGGUCAAACUGCAGAUUUGGGACACUGCUGGUCAAGAGCGAUUCCGGAGUGUUACACAUGCAUACUACCGUGACGCUCAUGCUCUCCUUCUGCUCUAUGAUGUCACCAACAAAGCAUCGUUUGAUAACAUUCGGGCAUGGUUGACAGAGAUCCACGAGUUCACUCAGCAGGACGUAGUCAUCAUGCUGCUAGGCAACAAGGCCGACUCUAACCAUAACAGGGUGGUGAAACGAGAAGAGGGAGAAAAACUGGCAAAGGAGUUUGGUGUACCCUUCAUGGAGACUAGCGCCAGGUCCGGACUGAAUGUGGAACUGGCCUUCACUGCUGUGGCCAAAGAGCUGAAGCACAGGACCAUGAAGGAACCCGAUGAGCCAAAGUUUCAGUUGCAAGAGUACGUCAGCAAAGAAAUGAGGACUGGCGGCUGCUGCCGCUCGUAGAUCGCGUGUACGUGUGUUUGUGUGCAUGCAUGUGUGUAAAGGAUUUUCACACUUGAGGACCGCUACAGCGUUUGAGAAAAGCACAGUAACGUCACAGUUAACUUUGAUUUGCUGCAGGUAGCACGGUGGGCUCUUUGUUUUUUGUGCCAUUAUUUCAAAAAAAAAAUUUUUCCCCUACGUGGUGGUUUUUACUAGGGGCUUGAAUGCAAAUGUUUGUUUGACAAAUUGUCCGCGUUUCUUGGUUCUGUUGAAUAUUCCAUCCAUCCAUCUUCUUCCGCUUAUCUGGGGUCGGGUCGCCGGGGCAGCAGCUUCAGGAGGGACUCCCAGACUUCCCUCUCCCCAGCCACUUCAUCUAGCUCAGGGGUGGUCAACCAGUCAGAGACUAAGAGCCACAUUUUUUACUGUGUCAUCGCAAAGAGCACACAUGCACACCCCCCCCCGCACACACGCACACGCACGCACGCACGCACGUACACACGCACACACGCACACACACGCACCCCUCUGCUCAGCCAAAUUUAUUGUGACAUUAUGUCACGCACCAACAUGAUAAUGACAAAUUGACUCCUACAGUACUAAAACCACAGACCACAGACCAAAUUUUCAACAAUGAACAUUGUGUGCAUUGUCUCACACAGACAAACUCUCAGUUCAACAAACUCCACAAACAAAAGCAUACGUUUUUUCACUUACUAUGUGUGGCGGGACAUUUCGGGACCAUUCGCUUUAGUUUGUCGUUUUCAGGAGACAAGAUUUCAAUAACGUCACUGAUCCAAGCCAGUUGAAACAAUGCAAGUGUGACAGUCUCUGAGUGCUUCGUAAUUUUUUUGAAAAACUGUACCUAUUUUUCUGCCUGACUUUUCAAAGUGUCCAAACUUGUGCUUGCGAAAUUCAGCCCCUUUUGCAAAGUCCUUAUCGAUAUUGGCAUGAAGUGAGCUGAAGUGGCGCUGAACAUUUGAAGCUUUUAAAUGCGCUAAUGACGUCCGACAUAUCAGGCAGAAUUGCUUGCCAUUACGUUCAACAAAAAACGACUUUAACUUUGUUAAAAACGUCCUGUGGUCAUCGUCAUAUAUUCGUUUAGCUGUGCAUUUUGUCCUUGCCAUUUUGGCCGGGUUGCCCACCCCUGGCUUAGCGUCUUUUCAGCUUUUCUGGACCUAAUCGGCCCCAGUAGUCACAGUCGCCAUUCAUUAAAAAGCCAGCAAAACCAAUCGCUUUUGGCUGUUGCGCUGAUGAACUCACACCACUUUAGAGGCUCAGAGUCAUUACUGUGCAAUAACAUGAUGCUCUCCACACCUUUUUUGAAUUUGUCUACACUGUUUGUACUGUGUCCUCUCUGCAUCCAUUGCAGCCUGGUCCUCCUGGAAGAGGGACCUUCCCAUCUGUGGUCUCUUAAGGUUUCUCAUUUCCCCUAGCUGGAGUUUUGAGUUUCUCCUUGCCCUUUUGGGAGUUUAAGAUCAGGAGAUGUUUAGAAUAUUUGCCAUUUUUCACAUGUCCUGUGUUGUUAGUCACCUAAAUGUUGAACAGAGGGUGUGAUUUACCGAAGUCAAAUUCCUUGUUUGGCACGCUCAAACAUGGCGAAUAAAAAACUCUUGAAAUAUUGAAUUGAAAUGACCUU